CAGCUGAUGAUGCUUGGGACCUAUUUUGCAGUUGUCCUUGGACUGUACCUGGUGCCCCUCACCUUCUCCUCCCCGUGCAUCAUGGAAAGGAAGGACCUGGGGCCCAGACCUGCCAUCCUUGGCCACCGCGGAGCCCCCAUGUUAGCACCUGAAAACACUCUGAUGUCCUUCCAGAAGGCAGUGGAGGAGAAGGUUUACGGUGUGCAGGCUGAUGUGGUGAUAAGUUACGACGGAGUGCCUUUUCUUAUGCAUGACCAGACGUUACGAAGAACGACCAAUGUCGAGGAAGUAUUUCCAGAACUUGCUUACGAUCAUUCCUCUAUGUUCAACUGGACUGAUUUGGAAAGAUUGAAUGCAGGCAAAUGGUUCCUCAAGAAUGACCCCUUCUGGACAGUCAGCUCCCUUUCCCCAUCUGACUUCGUAAAAGCUGCCAACCAGUCGGUCUGCAAACUGACCGAGAUGCUGGAGACCAUCAAGGACAACACCACCGUCCUCUUGAACCUUCAGGACUUGCCCGAAGAUCACCCGUAUUACGCCACUUCUGUCAACGUCACCCUGGACACCGUCCUCACCUCGGGCAUCCCUCAGCAGGCUGUGAGUU